UUGCAGAUGGGAGAUCUCCCCUUUCGGUCACGCAACGAUGUUCUUCAUAGAAGGGAGAUCUCCCCAUUCAGUUGACUAAGAUCGAUUAUAUAAAUAUCGAGAAUUGUACGAAUAUAAAAAUGACGAUACCAUAUAUUUAUCCUGUGUUUAUUCGUUUUCGUUACUUUCUGCGUAUUCUGAAAGCCAUUAGACAUCAAAGUUAUAUAUUUUCAACCGCCAUAUUCAUAAAUUAUGUCGAUCCUUGACAGACUUCGCUCCUCUUCCGUGUUCCUGUAUUACCAGUAAAUCCACAACAAACAAUGUAACUGGCUACACUCUGAAAACGAUAUAUUCAUGAGCAAACCGAUACCAUGAAAAGGUCUAAACCAUCAUUACUAUAGCUACCACCACCACCACCACCACUCUGUUGGGGGUGUAUCGUCAGGGGGUUGCACGCAGGUGGGGAUUCGCGAUAGUGGGGUCGGUUGUCUAGGGGUGGGAUAGAGGCUCGACCAAGGCGGACAGAGACGGAGGCAAGCUGAGAGAGAGCGUAGCCCCACGGAGUACCGCCACCCGUGUGUGUCGCACUAAAAUGUGACUCUGGCCAGCAGCAUCGGGAGCCGUGUGUGAGCGCGAGCGCGAGAGCGAGAGAGAGUCGUGUGUGCCGGAAUUUUCGUUAGUUUAGAAAGCGGCAGCUACGUUUUUCUCACUUAAACAGCCGACCAGCGAGCUGACACCAAAUAACACCAACCAAGCAAGAACAAAAAGUUGAGGAAGAACAGAAAAAGGGGGCAAAGACAAGAACAGAAAAAAGGCCCAAUAAGGAAGGGAGGAAAUCCGGCUGGACGACCGUCGUUGGUGAACCAAACAUAUCAUAAAAUAUCAUUUUGUCGUAGCUGCGGAUCACUUAGCUGAUCUGAACUAGCUAGAAUAGACGAAGCUGGACUGAAUGGUGAAGAAGAAGAAGAGCCAGCGUACCUAGUGCAAGGAUAGGAGAGACUGAUGGGUCAUAUCGUGCGAGUCUGAUCAAAUCUAGACCGAUAGGCUUAUAGAUAGAUAGAUAGAUAGGUAUAUAUGUGCAUUUAGAAACGGGGAGAGUGUAGCUGGUUUCGUCCUCCGUUGUAUCAUCGUUAUCCUCGUUUGUUCGCGUUCCCCCGCUACGUGUGGCAGCACAACUGGCGUGUUACACGUCCAGGAUCACUCAGCUAGUUCCGAUGACCGUUUUGGAUUAGUGUACCAAUUCGUACCACUCCACCGUGAACUGUGAUUCCUUGUGGCGUGGACGCAGAGGAGGGUGACCGCGACGACGGGGUAGACGAGACGAGGAAAAAUGAAGCUCGAAUUGAUGAACCGAGAAAAGGGCCUGGAGCUCUUCGGGAAAUUUAUACGAACGAAGAAUGUAGACAGUCUUCAGGGUGACCAGAGGAAAACUGGGCCGGAGCCACUGCAUCCGACCGAUUCCAAGCAGAAAUUACAGAAGUGCCUGACGACUCUGGACCUGACGUCCUUGGGGGUUGGCUCCUGCGUCGGGACAGGGAUGUACCUAGUCGCGGGGAUGGUGGCGCGCAGCGUCGCCGGGCCAGGCGUCGUCAUCUCCUUCAUAAUAGCGGCCAUUGCUUCCAUCUUUUCCGGAGCAUGUUACGCCGAGUUUGGAGUACGAGUGCCUCACACAACUGGCAGCGCUUACAUGUACAGUUACGUGACCGUAGGCGAAUUAAUAGCAUUCAUUAUUGGAUGGAACAUGAUACUGGAGUACCUUAUAGGUACGAGCGCGUGUGCCUGCGCUCUUAGCGCCUGCCUGGAUGCCCUUACGAAUGGAGCCGUUUCCGGAGCGAUAGCCAACAGCGUGGGAACCAUUUUCGGUCGACCGCCCGAUUUCCUCGCGUUCGUCAUCACCCUACUGAUGAUGCUACUAAUGGCCGCAGGCGUGAAGAAAUCAUUGGUGUUCAAUAACGUGUUAAACGCCAUCAAUCUCGCCGUUUGGGUGUUCAUUAUGACGGCGGGGAUGUACUACGUGGAUACCGAUAAUUGGAACGAGCACGACGGCUUCUUUCCGUAUGACUGGAGUGGUGUGUUCACCGGUGCAGCGACGUGUUUUUACGCGUUCAUCGGCUUCGAUAUUAUAGCGACCACCGGCGAAGAGGCGACAAACCCGAAGAGGAGCAUCCCCCUCGCUAUAGUCGCCUCGUUAAUCAUAAUACUCACCGCUUAUGUCACCACCAGCAUGAUGCUGACGCUGAUUGUGCCAUACGAUGAGGUAGAUCAAGAUUCAGCGUUGGUGGAGAUGUUUGGUCAAGUUGGGGCAUACAAGUGCAAAUAUAUCGUGGCAGUUGGUGCGUUGGCUGGAUUGACAGUCUCCAUGUUUGGUAGCAUGUUUCCCAUGCCUAGGAUAGUCUAUGCUAUGGCCCAGGAUGGCCUUAUAUUCAGGACUCUGAGCCAAGUGUGGCCAGCAACAGGUACUCCAGUCAUAGCAACACUGACUUCCGGUGUGUGUGCAGCCUUGGCUGCGCUGUUUAUUCAAUUAGAGGUGUUGGUAGAGAUGAUGUCUAUCGGUACUCUACUAGCGUACACUUUGGUGUCUACCUGUGUACUGAUUCUCCGUUAUCAACCUCACUCAACGAAUCUUGUAGAGUUGCUACCACAGAGUUUAAGAACACCUUGCCGAUCACCAACUAAAGAAAAUCAGGGAAAUGGUCAAGUGACUUAUGGAAAGGAGCUGAGACCCGAUCAGCUAACUACUGCACUGAAUUCUGUCCAGGCUACACAAUCAGAUCUUGCUGCAGCAAACAGUGGUCAACGUAUCAUGGUAAGAAGAGUGAGGAGAUGCAAUAGUUCGUCGCCAGACUCGGACGACACUUAUGGUGCAGAGGAGGAUGAAGUUGGUUUGGGUAAAGACGAUCAAUAUUUAGUCAGUGAUAGAACUGAGAAUAAAUUCUACGGUAGUGUGCAUGCAGCUGCAGCUGCCUCCGGUUGUGGCAGUGCGCAUCAGUAUCCAGGAAAUACGCCAAUAAUUGGACCACCUUUGAAUUACCUCCAACGUCGGUUGCAGGCAGCACAAUAUCUCUGUCCUGCCAUCUUCCCCUGGGUUGACAGAGGCCCAGCGACGGAGGCGUCUGGUCGCUACGUCAUGAAAUUAGUCGGCGUACUCUUUUUGCUGAUCCUCAUCUUCGAUUUGAUUGUAGUUUGCGGCAUGGGAAAUAUGGGAACGUUCACAACGAUAAUGAUGUUCGUGUUCCUCUUUGCCAUAAUUGGAGUGUUGCUUGCCAUAAGUAGAAAGUCACAAAACAGAAGUAGCGUAAUGUUUAUGACACCGGGACUCCCAUUCGUACCGGCGAUUGCUAUCACUGUGAACAUAUACCUCAUCUUCAAGCUGAGCAUCUUGACACUCGUCAGAUUCACUGUCUGGAUGAUUCUCGGUUUCAUCAUGUACUUCUACUACGGUAUCAAGCACAGCAGCCUGGAGGAAGGAAAUACUUCGGAGAAUCUAGAGGAAAACGUGUCAGCCGGGAACAUCGAAUUGACAGUAACAGAUACACAAAAGCAACAACCGCAACAACAACAAACGCAUCCGUCGUACACGACGACUGAUCGCAGCAUCUAUGAGGGCCAGCAACUGGAUGCAUUUGGGCAGCCUGUGUUCGGCAGCACGAACUUCGGUGGGACACCAAGUCAGAGGCCAGAAACUGCUGGCCAAUCAUCGCUGUUCAUCGACCACGAAAGCUUCCCCACCUGGGACGAUUGAGCGGCUACCAGCGCCGAUAUAAAUAUAUAUAUUUGAUGAUAUCAAGAUAAAUUAUUAUACGAGCCUGACCGGCGUCGAGCGUUCAUCGGCGUAAAAAAACGACCCUUUCGGAGCUCGCGGUGUAUAAUGGCCUUUGAGAGGUUAUGAGGCGAGGGGCUAUGGAGUUGGUACUCGCGAGGCUAUUCAUUUAUAAUUUUUAGUUAGCUAACACACAAGUUAAAUAUUUGGUAAGUGACAUUAUGUUUAAAAAUAUUUCAUUGGUUUUGAGGUUAAGAUGGUUCACAGGAGGAAGUUGGGUAAUUGUUUUUCAAGAAGGUUCUUUUAAGUUCAUGUUAUGAUUAAUGGAGGACUGUUUGAGAUUAUGAUAGUUGACAGGAAUAGAUCGGAUAGUUGCUUUUCAAGGAGAUAUUCUAACGUUAGGUUAUGUUAUAAUUAUUGGAGAAUUGUUUGAGAUUAGAAUGAUUGACAUAAAUAAGUUGGAUAGCUGCUUCUGAAAGGUCUUUUAAAGUUAGAUUAUGUUAUACUUAAUGGUGAACUGAUGCAUUUUACUAUUGUAAAAUUAGAGUUUCAUUGAUUGUAAGGUUACAGUGGUAAACAGAUAAAUUAGAUAAUUAGUUUUCAAAGAGAUUUCUUUAAUAUUAUAGUUUAUAUUAUGAUUAAUGCAGAAUAUGCAUUAAUGUUUGAUCUCGAAUUGCUUUAAAACAAUUUUGUUUUUUUAAAAUUAGGGUGCCCAACACAAAUAAGUUGGAAAGUUAUUAUUUAAGAUUUUUUUUUAAAGAAAGGAUAUAGAAACGCAGAAUCUUUCUCGAUAAGCGCUCGACGAUUGUGCAGGAGGUGCUGCUUCGAAAUUCUGAGCUUCCCUUACUAAUUUCACUUCUCCACACUGAGAAACGUCAAUUUCCAAAUCCAUCCUAAUCGAUCGUCGAGCAUAAUCCACCUUUUGAUGAUCAUUCAAAAGAACCCCCUGAAUCGAAAAAAGAUAAAGACAGAAACAAAAAUAGCGGAACCGCGAGUCUCCGAUGGGCGAACUUGUUGACUACUGUUUGGGACGAAUGUAGCAAAUAAUUUUCGCGGCAAUAUUUAUUAUUCUAGUUGUAUAAAAGUGAGAGAGAGCGCGAGAGAAUGGGAGAGUCUGAGAGUGCGAGAGAAUGAGAGGCAGAGCUGUCAGAGGCGGAAUCAUGAAGAAGAAGAAGAAAAAAAAUAGAAGUUAAGGGGAGAGACCAUGGCUAAACUUUAUUUUGGAGCAUUCCGAAUUUUUUACCUUUUUAAUAAUAUGUGGUAGUUUUCGACGAAUAAAAUCUGAAAAUACCGUAUUUAAAACGCAGAGAUUAUUAUCUUUAAUGUUGUCUAUAUAUAAAGUUUAUGAAUAUUGGACAGUUUACUUGGAUACACAUGUUUUAUGACUCAUUCAGGUUGAGAGCUCGAUUAACUGAAUAAAUUGAUCUUUGUUUGAGUUAGGUGUAAGUUAGAUUUAAUUAGUAUUAUUAAGAAACGUGUUGUUCUUAGAUAGAUACCAGCAAACUGAAGACCCGCAAAAGACGGGAUGCGUUAUAGAAGCCAAUAUGAUAAAGACAACCUUACUGAUCAAAGUCUAAACAUCGUCCAAACAAACUGCGCAAUGUGUUUGAACUUUAUAUACACAUAAUAUCUAAAAUGAUGAUCCCUAUCCAUAAAAGCCAUAGUUCUGCAUUUUACUCCUCAAAAACUCUCAUACGUUAUAAAAAUAAGUAUAAAUUUGGUAUGCCCCAAAAAGAAGUUCAACCGCAACCAUUACCAUUCUUAGAUGUAAAGCGACACUUGUGUUUUCCAAGAGAGCAUUUUAACUGCUGAAAGAUGCGUGUAGACGUGCAGCUAAUUGAUGAAGAGAGAAAAAUUAAAGAACAAGGCGAUCGUAACAAAGAAACUUUGUUCCUGAGAGUUGAAGAAAACACGAGAGUAGAAGAUGAAGAUGGAAAGAAACAAAAUGGCAGAAAAAGUAAGAAACUGGAAGAAAGAAAGAAACUGGAUCUUGCCUAAAUCUAGUCUUUCCCAAUCUUGAAGAAAGCUUAGAAUUAUAUGAUUAUAAUCUUACAAGAGGAAUUUUAAUCUUAUCUUGUACAUUAAACUGGAAUUGCGACGUGAAGUCGCGUUUCCAUUGGACAUAUUCGAUUAAAGAUUGUUAGCCCCCUGCUAGACACCAUAAAUGGGGUUCUAUGGGAGUUGCAGAGGGCUGGUAUGAAUCAACAAACAGACAAAUUAAAUAAAUAAAUAGAUAGAAAGAGACAGAAAGAGAGAGAAAGAGAGCAAUAUGUAGAUUUGAAAUUAUUGAUAUUUUGAAAUUGAUAAAAAUUCUCAGCUCUGGGGUGCCCUACUGUGGAGCACCAUAGGAAAAUGGUAUCUGUUAUUUGAUUAUAAAUGUUCUUCAGUAGAGAACAUCCAGUUCUAAUAAUGACAAGUUCCUACAACGACUGUUGACCACUCAAUUGUUAUUAUUUAUAAAUGGUUUUAUGUAUCUUACGUUCUAGAGUAGAGUUGUGAUUGUUACUAGUGGAUAUAUUACCGACAAUCUUAGGUUUGCUUGUUUUUAAAAUUAACAAAGAAGAGAAUACUCUUGGAAUAUCAUAAACGUCCAUUUGAUGAUCGUAUUUGUCACUUUGCUUUGGGAAACAAAGAAAAGAAAUUGUAAUGAGGAGAAAAUUGUGAGAACAAAGGAAGCUGGUAGAAUCGUAUGAAAUAUAAGGAUGAGGCUAAGGAAGAUACUAACUAAAUACAGAAAAUAUAAGAAAAUUGGAUAAAGUGAGAAAAGUUGAUAAGUGGAAAAAUUGAGAAACUGAAUAGAAGAGUUAAAAAAUGGAAAAAUUGGGAAAAUGAGCAAGUGGAAAAGUGAUAAGGCAAAAGGAAAAGAAGAAAUUACAGCGGAAAGACAGCUACAGGGGGCAGCUUGGGAAAUUUACGUCUCUCCAUUUAUUCUAUUCUCGGAUCUCCAUAUCGGAUCUACAUAUCGAUCAGUGAUCUUUUCACAUAUCAGUCUGCACCUUUUGCAAGGGAAAAACCGUGAAAUUCUGGUAGUAGAACGAAUGAUCAAAGAAGAGAGCGCAAGAGUGGGAGUAAAUGUCGCGGAAGAAUGAAAGAUUGAUCUGAACAUUUAUCUUUAAGUAUUAAUGCGUCUGUUAAAAAAAUUUUUCUAAUAUAUAUAUAUAUUAUAUUAUAUUAUAUAUAUAUGUAUCAUAUAUAUAUAUAUAUGACGAGAUAUACUUUCUAUGCGUGACCAUCGAUCUAUAGGUUCGAUCGCGGAUCAAUCGAUCCAAGAACGAGGCUGCUGUAUUAGGAUUUUUUUAGUUUUCAGUUCCGACCCCUGUAACGUCGCUAUUAGAAGCUUAUCGGCGAUGAAGAAGAGUAACAAACAGUAUUUUCCAAAUAUAACUUUAACUACGAUAUCGAUUUUGUUAUGUUGACUAGGUUAGGUUAGAAAAGUUCUAGAAAAAUUUACUUGAAAACAAAGUACAACCAUAUCUCAAUUAAGAUAAUCGAAAAAGGAAGAUUGAUUAAGGAAGGCACGAGUCUUCAAUGUGGACUAGUAACAUAAUUAGGGGAAAAUGUCUUCUUCAUCCCCUAUAUGCUUCGAUCUAAGUUGAGCAGUGAUCGCUGUUCCGAAUAUCCGCUUAUUCAGCAUUGAUUAGCAAUCUUUGAACAUCCCCGACAGUUUUUGAACGGGUAUCAAUAACAUCGAAACACUUUUAAUCCCUGGAACAAUAUUUGAAAAGGGAAUUCCCCAAGAAAAAUUCCUUAGAAGGCAUAGCAAUCAAGUUACUGGACAUAUCGUUAACUUUGUUCGGUUAAAAAAGCUUUAAUAUACUCUAAAUAGCUGAUAACAUUUGAUUUAAAUCCAAGUCAGACUAUUUACAGGCUGGGUACAUUUUCAGUUUGAGUUGUUAACUGAAUACAUAUCACUAUGACUAACGUUGUAAUAAAAGAAUAUUAGAAAAGAAAAUGGUUAAUGAUUGUUGAUACUCGUUGAAGAAUGAAAGAUUGGAAACCAUAGCGUAAUUAUCGAUCCACAAAACAAAUUAGACCUUUGCGCUAGGGAAAAGCCAAGAGCUGAAGUUGUUUAAAGAUAAAUGGUUCCAUUUUAUGAAAGAACAGUGCCUGCACAUCCACUUAAAAAAUUCCUGGAUCGUCGAACAAGGCUUAGAAAUAACUCGGGGCCCAAAAAAUAGAGAACUUUUGAUCUUUCUUUUUUCUUGUGAAAUGUAAAAUUUCAAGAAUCUCUUUUACAAACCAAUGGAGAAGAAUAAUGACAACAAAAGCGGAAUCUCGACGCGGCACUUUGCUCUUUGCUUUUUUAGUUAGUCUUUCAAAUUCUUAGAUAGGAGGAAAUGGCCUACUGCGACGUACGGCUGCUCGAUGAACCUCUGACAUCUUCCUACCAACGCGAAUGAAAUCUCAGAAACUCCCUAGAAAGAAGAAACUCUUAUUUUUUGACAACAUACAUAAGAAGAGCAUAAAAUUACCAAAAAUUCUUAUCAAGUUGAUUGACAAUUUUUAAAAAGUUCUUUAGUUUUUAAAAAUUUUUAAAUUAAAGUUUUUAAACAUUUUAAAUGUUCUUGUAUGAUUGUAUAAGUAUUGCAAACAUAAAGCGAUGUGUUGUUCAAAUUUUUCUUCUACUCGUUCUCUCGUAAGGAAAACAGGCGAGAAAAAUGAUUUUCCGAGUAGAAUCGACUAACAUUAGGUUCACUCAGGCUCAUCAAGCACCAUGCUCGAACAAAGCGUACUUCAAAAUUGCGGUAAAUUACUCCGGAACACCGAGAAGAGAGCGGAAUGAUAUUAGAAAAAUAUAGUCACGUGUUCAGUGGCGCAGCUUACGAUGAAAAUUAUCUUCCAACGCGUUUGACGAGCGAGAGGAAUCGUGUGCGUCCAUUUAAAUAAACAUUCGCUUCUUUUUCUCGUUUGCUGCAAAUAAGGAAGUGACGCCAGUACGGGGAAGAAACUAGUUUUCUUCGUUUCCCGUUCGGUUUCUACCUCCACAGAGUAACCGCAGAGUUCCCAUCCAGAUCCCUUUCUCUUCGUUCUCUACAUAUAUGGACAAAUUUUUGAAAUUUCGUUCGAAAACGAGGGUAUCUCGAUGGAAACUCGCUAUUCAGAGUUCUGAUCGUGCAUCCUCCACCGAAAGUGGGGAAUUACCUCGUUUGGUACAUCGUAUAGAGGAGCGAUGUUGGUCCUUCCACACAUUGGGUUGGAUGGUACAUGGUCCACCCACACUCUGGAUGAAACAAGAAAUCAGAUUCAUUAUUUAUUCAACUUUUAUUCGAUAUAUUUAAUAUUUUACAAUAUUAUAUAUUUACAAUUCUAUAUUGUUUUGAGGUUAGGAUACGUUUCUUGUUACGGGAACGGAUAAGGAUUAAGACAAAGAACAUUGCAAGAAAAUAGAUAAACGAACAAAGACAUAUCAUUUGAGUAUUAUUUGGAGAGAUCAAUUUGAUUGUUUUUUAAUUGAAUAAUGCAGAGGCUUUUCGCAUCGUCUUUAAAGUUAGUAAUUUUAGAAAAAAUGUGAAAAUUGAGUAAUAUGUUCCAGUGUGGAGGAGUGAAAAAGGACAAAAGAUAACGGAGUAAGAGAAGCAGAGAGUGAAAGGUUGAGCGUGAAAGGGAGAACUAGAUCGGAGAAUGUGUGAGUCGGUGUAAUUAUCGAAAUACAAAUUUUUUUUCUUCUCUCGGGGAAAAUCGUGGUAUCUUGGGAAGAUAUAUGCGCACUAGGAGGACAGAAUUUUCCAUGUAAUAUAUAUACCCUUACGUAACUACGUUGUUUAAUAUUGAUAAGGAUCAAAAAUAAAAGUGAUUAUUCAGAAAGUAA